GCAGAAGUCUUUGCAAAGCUGCAGACUCUUCAAGAUGAUCUAACUGAUAUGACCCGCAAGUACCAUGACUUGACAAAGGAGGUGGCUGACCUGUGACAAGCCCAAGUGGCCAACCCUCUUCCUCUACCUCAUGGAUCUGAAGCUGCAAUCGAAACUACCUCUGCCCCUUACUGUAUCUUCUUCUACCUACUCUUCGAGUGUGAUGGCAACCCCCUCGGGACCUGCAGCAGGUGCAGAUUCCACUGUCGCUGUAACAAGCAAUGAGGCUGGAACUUCUGCAACUGCUGCAGCCCCAAGACGGGAGCCAGCUGCUGCUGGUCCCAGCUACGCCAGUCCCUACGUGGACCGGAAGGCGGUACAAAUGCUGCCUAAGUACGACAGCAAGGAAGACAUCGAGUCCUGGAUCGGCUCCAUGAGGGCCUACUUUGAGAUCCUGGGAACUCAACCUGAGAACCAGGCGGUGAUCAUGGGAAUGAAUGUCGAGCCAGUCGUACGGGGCUUCCUAGAAGUCCAAGCGACACGGGCUGGGUUCCCAAAGGCUGCACUAGCCAAAUGGCUAAGGACCACCCUGGUUGCCUCCCUCGAAGAUCUCCUUAUCUCACAAUACCAAGACCCACAUGUUGCUGCUAAAGCCCAAGACCCACAUGUUGCUGCUAAAGCAAGGAUUCAACUUGACAAAGUAAAGCACAGCAAGUGGAAUGGCUCCAUGAAAAACCUGCAGAACUAUCUAAGCAAGAUGUUUGCCACUCCUGGUUUGGAAUUGUCCGUUCAAUCUUGCUUGGAUGUGGUUAAGGGCGCGGUUCCAACUAACUUCACUAGUCGCCUGGGCAGGGACUACAUUGCAUACACUGACUGGCUCGCCUUAAUGAAGGACGUAGUCAGUCUGGAGGCUAUGGACCUCGUUAGCACGACAGGCAGCAAAAAGCCCAUGGGCGGCAAACGGUUCAAGGGCAGCAACCGUUUUGCUGUGCAUGACCUGCUGGAGGCCGAAGAAGAAGCCGAUGCGGAUGGCCCCACUCUUGGUGACGACCAAGAACAGGACUCCGAUACUUGUGGGUGCAAGGUCUUCUCCAAGAUCGAUCUCAAGUCUGGCUACCACCAAAUUGAAGUCGAUCCUGCGGACCAGCAUAAGACUGCGUUCAAAAUGCGCGACGGGCUUUACGAGUUCACCAUAAUGCACUUCGGUCUUACGAACGCACCAGCCACGUUCCAAAGCGUCAUGGACAAGGUCCUCCACGAACAGAUUGGCCGGUUUGUGGUAGUGUACCUGGAUGAUAUUCUGAUCUUCAGCAAGUCCAUGGAGGAACACCUCAAGAAUCUUGAGGAGGUGCUCGCUAUCCUCAAGAAGACACAGCUCCAUCUCAACUUGGAGAAAUCUGAGUUUGGGAAGAAUAGCGUCAUCCAUCUUGGGGACCGGUUGUCUGCUGCAGGCCUAGAGCCUGAGGCAACGAAGAUUGAGGUCAUACGCGAUUGGCCUCAGCCUGCGAACAUUCGCGAAUUGCCUUCUUUCAUUGGUCUCGCGUCGUACUAUCGGAAGUUUGUGCCCCGUUUCUCCAUCAUUGCUCGUCCAUUGUCUCGACUAACCAGUAAGAAUGUGUCUUAUUCUUGGGAUGCCGCGUGUACGGAAGCUUUUCAAGCUCUCAAGGAAGCCUUGGUAAGUUACCCGGUACUCCGCAUUGCAGAUCCCAAACUGACAUUCGUAGUCACUACGGAUGCAAGUCAGUAUGGCAUCGGUGCAGUGCUGCAACAAGAUGACGGCGAUGGCCUGCAGCAAACGAAUGUCAGCGUAAAAGUAGCCACUUCCACCUACAUGCGCGAGCUUUACACUUUGCGUAUGGCUGGUGGUGGUUGUUUGUGGUUGUGGUGGUUGCCUCCACUUGGUUGCAUUGUGCACUCGUCAGCAUCUGACAUACUCAUGUCAGGCCUUGUGAAGGGGUUGCAGCUGGUGGCCGGGGCCAUUCGUGAGAAUGGCCUCAUGGGGGCACUGAAGAAGGCGAAGGAUCAGGGAAUGCUUGGUGUGCUUCUCGAUGGAAAUAUGUUCAACACAAAGACACGCUUCGGCGGUAAGCUGAUGGGCACCGACAAGGAUGGAAACAAGUACUAUGAGAAGAUUUCGGACACACAGUUCGGUCGCCACCGGUGGGUGGAAUAUUCCUCACCCAUGUACAAUGCAUCCACUGUCCCACCAGAGUGGCAUGGGUGGCUUCAUCAUAUAACUGACCAGACGCCUGACCAGAUUGCUUCUAAGGCUCAUUAUGCAGAAGACCAUAAGCCAAACCUGACAGGACAAGGAGAUGAAGUCAUCUAUCACCCGAAGGGUCAUGCAAUGCAUCCGAACAGACGCACAUGGUCGAAGUAUGAGCCUUGGCAACCAAGUCAGGGCAGUCUUUGAAGGAACGGGAAAGGAGGAGGGAGGAAAGGGGAAAGGAGAAGGAAGUGGGAUGGGAGGGAGAAGAGAAGUGGUGGUUAAUUGCUUGCACAGGUGGCACAUGCACUGGCAAGCACUAUAGGGUAGUCAAUGAAAGAGCCGAGAACAGAAAAAAUGAUGUGAGGGGAGGGCAAAGGAGAGGGAAGGGGCGGAAAGAUAGAUGGAGGGGAGGGAAAAGAGAGGGAGAAGGUAGGAGGGUGGCGGAUUGUUCCAAAAUGCACGCCCUGGGCAGCACUGAAGUGCACUCUUUGAAAGAGGGGCGAUAGGAUGUGGGAGGGAAAAGUGAGAGAAGUAGAAAAGGAGGAUGGUUCAUUGUUUCCGCACCUCCUCCAUGCCCUGAAAGCGAAGGUAGGGCGGUCCUUGAAGGAGGGGGGGGGGGGGAGGAGAAGGGAGAGCAAGGGAAGUGGAAGACAGGAGGGGUUGGGGGGGAGAGGGAGAGGGGGGGAUGUUGGAGAGGAAGGAAGGAGGGUGGUUGAUUGUUUCCACAAGUGCUGCGAGAAUGGUGGCCCCAGGAGGAAGGGAGAAAGGGUGGAUUCCCGGCUUCCCUAAAGAGUUUGAUGCUAGAGGAAAAGGAGGUGGGUGUUUCCAGAAACGUCAUUUGAGCAAGGGAAAAAGGGUUUUGAGGUGGUUAUUGUUGUAGAAAGGGCAACGGUGAGGGAGUUUCUGUCAUGGAAAGUGAUGGUUACAGUAAGGGAGAAAGGUUGCGUUCUGACUCUUCUGUCAAAUGGUGGUGAGACAAAUGGAGAGGAAGGUUGAGGUGUGCACCUCUUGCGAAACUCGUAAGAGGAACGAGGUAAUGGUCUUACUCGUGGCAAUGGAGAUCAGAGCAUCGGAGGCCAACGUGGUACCGACUGCAAUAUGUGGGAAUAGAGGUCAGAGAGGGAGGAGUGAAAUCAAGGCGGUGCUUCACUCCCCUCUCAGUGGAAACUGUCAUGAGGGAAUGGGUAAUCCUAGUGAGCAAGUUAAAGCGGUGCAUUUGGCCUGGUCUUCAGUCUGAUACAUGGCUCAGGUAGUAGGCCCCUCAGUGAGGGGCGUGUGUGUAUGUGUUGACGUUAGUAGGGCCCCCGGAUAGCAGUAUGAGGCCGAGGACAUAUGUCGCAGUCCAUGUCUAUAUUCAUGAUUCCAUUAUUCAUUGUAAUUGCAUGGGUUCGUGCUGUUGCUGUGCAUGACCCUGGCCGUGCAUGACUACUCUCUCCAUAGCCCUCGCUAUCCUGUCAUAUCCCAUCAUUUCUCUAUCACCACUGGAUCCCCGAUGUUGUCCCAAUCCUGGUCUCGACCAAUCCCAUUUUCCCUAUCUCAACCCUGUUCCAGACCAAUCAUGAUCCCAAUCCUGACCAAUCGCUAUCCAUUCU